AUGGGGGUUUGGCAGGUCCUCAUCCCCAAGCUUGCUUUCGAACAUGAAUUUCUUUUGCAUGGCAUCUUUUCCAUUGCCACGCUUCACAUGGCAGCCACCACCGCGGACCCACAACAAGUUCUAUCUUACCUAGACACCGCACUACAGUGCAAUGAACUCCCCUUUGCCCCCUUCAGAGAAGAAGCAUUGGCCCGCCUGACCCUUGCCAAUUGCGACGCCGUCUUUGCCCAAGCAGCGAUCGUCACUAUCAUUGGCAUAGCACUCCCUCGGCUAAACGCUCAGCAUGGCGGUGAAUCCUGCAGCAUGAUCGAAACUAUGAUGACGGUUUUUGAGCUGCUGCAAGGGGCAAGCAAAAUCUCACAAAUUAGCAAACCAUGGCGACAGCCGAGCAUAUUCUUCAAAUACGACUGGAGAGAAAAUACUACGCUGGAUCCCGACGUGGCCAAUGCUAUCGCACAAUUGCGAAUGCUGAAUAGCGCAAUUGAAAAUACAGAUCUGGUACAACAUAACAGCAGCCAGGAAGCUAUUGACUCCCUACAAGGCUCCUUUGCUAAGUUCAACCAUGCGCCGCAUCCCGCACCUAGCAUUGCUUGGCUCACCUUCGCCAAGAGGGAAUUUGUGGAUGGGUUGCGCGCACGGCAGCCAUUCAAGUUGUUGAUCCUCAUGAAUUGGGCAGUUCCAUUACACGAAUUAGGGGCGCGCUUUUGGUGGGAUAAGGGCUGCGGGGAUGCGCUAGUCGCUGAGUUAUCGAGUGAGCUAAAGGACCGGGAUAGGAAGUGGAAAUCUGCAUUGCAGUGGCCGCAGCAGAAGGUCGGCAUAUUAUCGAUAGUAAAUUAA